AUGGCGGCGGCGAUCCACGCAAUCAAGGCCAAGGAGGCGCGGCAGCACCACAAGGUCGAGCGGCGCGAGGAGCGGCGCGCGGAGAACCUGCGGGAGAAGACCUACCGGAUGGCGGCGUCGCCGACGGGUACGCCGGAGCAGCCGUUCCGGACGCCGGACGCGUCGCGGGCCCACGGCGCCGAGGCCGAGGAGGCCGGCGCGACGUCCCACGCGCCCGGCCAGGUGGUCGGCGUCGGCAAGGUCCAGCCCUUCGACCCGGGCGCGCCGCGGCCCUGGAGCGCGUACGACGACCCGUACGACGAGAGCAAGCGGGGGCCGAGCGGCUUCUGGCGCUACAAGGAGCCGCUGCGCAUCAUCUACAACGACAUGCGCGUCCAGGUCUUCGUCGCCAUCCUCAUCAUCGCCAACUUCGUCACGUCCAUCGUCGAGAAGCAGCUCUGGCCGUCCGAGGACCCGACGGUGCCCGGCGGCCGCGACUACUACCGGAACUUUCGGGUCUGCGAGUGGUUCUUCAACGUGACGUUUACGGUCGAGCUGAGCGCGAACAUGUACUGCCACUGGUACAAGGAGUUCUGGGGGUCGGGCUGGAACGUCUUCGACUUCAUCACCGUCGCGGUGUCGUGGCUCUUCGAGCUGAACCUGCCGCUGCCCGGGCCGCUCCGCCUCAUGCGCAUGGUGCGGGCGCUGCGCGUCUUCCGCCUCUUCAAGCGCGUCAAGUCGCUGCGGAAGAUUUUGGAGAGCCUCGCGCGCGCCGUGCCGGGCGUGAUGAACGCGUUUCUGAUCAUGUUCAUCGUGAUGUGCAUCUACGCGAUUUUGGCCGUGGACUUCUUUCGGGACUUCGGGCGCGACGGCGAGAUGGAAUUCGAGUGGUGCCACACGAAGAUCAAGGGCGACCGGCGCCACUACCCCGAGUUCAACGUCGACACGGGCCUCUGGGAGACGGCGACGCUGACGGGCUGCCCGCCGUACUACACGUCGCGCAACGAGGAGUUCGGCCACGAGUACUUUGGCAACUUCUUCAAGGCGCUCUACACCAUGUUCCAGGUGCUGACGGGCGACUCGUGGUCCGAGGCCAUCGGGCGGCCGCUCAUCAUGAACUACGGGCCGAUCGGCACGGGCGUCUACUUCGUGUCCUUCUACCUGCUCCACGCCGUCGUGCUCAUCAACGUCGUCGUCGCCGUGCUGCUGGAGAAGAUGGUCGAGGAGGAGAACGACGACGACGCCGAGGACUCGGAGGACGAGGAGGAGAAGGACCGCGAGCCCGAAAGGCUCACGUUCCAGUCCAUCCGCAAGUCGCUGCUGGCGAACCCCGUCGCCGACGCGGCGGCGGCGGCGCGCGAGAAGUACCGCAAGACGCAGGAGAAGAUCGCGCGCCUCAAGUCCGAGGGCCGGGACCCGGCCGAGGCCGACAAGCCGCCGCCGAAGCCGAAGCCGGCGGCGGGCAAGUCGUCGGCGGGCGGCCGCACCGCGCGCAUCCCCGCGGUGCUCCAGACGGAGAUCUACAGCCUGAAGACGGAGCUCGUCGAGAUCAAGGCCACGCAGCGGUCCAUCCUCGCCGCCCUCGAGGAGCUCGCCGGGAAGCACGUCGCCGCGCCCGCGAUGCUCGCGCCCCUCGUCCGCGUCCCCGGCCAGUUCCCGCAGCAGCCGUGA